GGACCACUGGGAGCAGGAUUAACACUUUUUAAGGCUUAAGGCUGCCUGAAGACAAUUACAGGGUGAAGUGCGCUUGUGUCGAGGGUGAAGGGAGGUUACUUAUGGGACUUUGGGCUCGACGGACCCGCGCAUGCUCCAAGAGGCGUCCCGGUUCGUCCAAAUGUGACAGCCAGUUCUUUCAUGCGGGCCUAGUGGCUGCCACAUUCCUCAUCCUCCUGGGACUUUCUUUGCUCUACUUACCAGAGCCGCUCGCGCUUGAGCCGGCCACGGCUGCUCUCGAGGUGACGCUCUUGAUUUGGACUCAUCCAUUCGGGCGGAAGCGUCCACUUCCGGAUUGUUUGGCGCGUUACGGCGUCGACGGCUGCGUGUUGACGGACGACCCUCGCGAGUACGCGCGCGCUGACGGCGUGCUCGUGCACCAUCGCGACAUCGUCGGAGGAAACGCGGAGCUGCCACCGGAAGUGGGCCGGCCGUCGGGGCAGAAGUGGAUAUGGCUCAACUACGAGUCUCCCUCACACACUCCAGCCCUGCGGCGCCUGGAGGGGCGCUUCAACCUCACCAUGAGCUACCGCACUGACUCUGACAUUUUCCUCCCGUACGGCUACCUGGUCCUCAAGCACGGCAGCGGGCAGCUCCUCUCGGAACCUUCCAGAACUUCUCGUCCUGGUUUUGUAGCAUGGGUGGUGAGCAACUGGGUGGAUUCGCAGGCCCGCGUGGCCUUCUACUACCAGCUCAGCCAGUACAUCCAGGUGGACGUAUUCGGCCGAGCUGGACGCAGCAUUCCGGAAGGGUCCGGAAGCGUGGUGCAGCUUGUAAAGCACUAUCAUUUUUACUUAGCCCUGGAGAACUCGCAACACACGGACUACAUCACAGAGAAACUGUGGAACGCCGUGCUGGCCGGGGCCGUGCCGGUGGUCCUGGGUCCCGCCCGGAAGAACUACGAGCGUUUCCUGCCACCGGAGGCCUUCAUCCACGUGGACGACUUCCCCUCGGUUAAAGCGCUGGCCCGGUACUUAGUGGAGCUUAGGCGAGACCCGGCACGGCUGCAAGGGCACCUGCGUUGGAGGACAGGCUACGGACUGCGCCAGCCCACCUUCUGGGGAGAACACUACUGCACCGCCUGCAGUGUGCUAAGGAAGAACUUAGGUCACACUCAGGUGGUCCAUGACUUGACUGGAUGGUUCGAGUCCUGAAGCGAAAGAAAAACGACAAGCAACUUUAGCCAAAUGUGGCGAGAACAUAACACAACUUCAUAAACCUCAUCAGAUGCAACAUGCAUACAAGCGUCUGGCCUCUCUCACAAUCCUUUCAUCUGUGCUUUUUGCCCAUACGUCUCGCGACCCCCCCACCCGGCCCUCCCCCACAACCACCAAUCAGCCCCCCCUCCCCCUUCUUCUUGUUUUUCCUGUCUACUGAACAGAGACAUGUUGAUAUGA